ACAGCUGGGGCUGGACCCCGCCCAGAUGCCAGCUGGCCGGCCCUACCCUGUGGGAGGUGCCAUCUCUGGGACCCAGCCGGAGCCUGGCCUGGGCGCCAGGAUGGCCACCCGCAAAGCCCUGCUGAUGUGUCUGGGGCUGCCUCUCUUCCUGGUCCCCGGGGCCCAGGCCGAGAGCCAGGCCCCCCCUGGCUGCAGCUCCGACCUCAACCCGCUCUAUUACAACCUGUGUGACCGCUCUGGGGCGUGGGGCAUCGUCCUGGAGGCAGUGGCCGGGGCUGGCGUCAUCACCACGUUCGUGCUCACCAUCAUCCUGGUGGCCAGCCUCCCCUUUGUGCAGGACACCAAGAAGCGGAGCCUGCUGGGGACCCAGGUGUUCUUCCUGCUGGGGACCCUGGGCCUCUUCUGCCUCGUGUUUGCCUGCGUGGUCAAGCCCAACUUCUCCACCUGUGCCGCUCGGCGCUUCCUCUUCGGGGUCCUCUUCGCCAUCUGCUUCUCCUGCCUGGUGGCCCACGUGUUUGCGCUCAACUUCCUGGCCCGGAAGAACCACGGGCCCCGGGGCUGGGUGAUUUUCACCGUGGCGCUGUUGCUGUCCCUCGUGGAGGUCAUUAUCAACACCGAGUGGCUGAUCAUUACCCUGGUCCGGGGCGGGGGCGGGGGCAGCCCCCUGGGCAACGGCAGUGCCGGCUGGGCCGCGGCCGCCCCCUGCGCCAUCGCCAACAUGGACUUUGUCAUGGCUCUGAUCUACGUCAUGCUGCUGCUGCUGGGUGCCUUCGUGGGGGCCUGGCCCGCCCUGUGCGGCCGCUUCAAGCGCUGGCGGAGGCACGGGGCCUUUGUGCUGUUCACCACGGCCACCUCCGUCGCCAUCUGGGUGGUGUGGAUCGUCAUGUACACCUAUGGCAACGAGCAGCGCCGCAGCCCCACCUGGGACGACCCCACGCUGGCCAUCGCCCUGGCCGCCAACGCCUGGGCCUUUGUCCUCUUCUACGUUAUCCCCGAGGUCUCCCAGGUGACCAAGGCCAGCCCGGAGCAGAGUUACCAGGGGGACACGUACCCCACCCGGGGCGUGGGCUACGAGACCAUCCUGAAGGAGCAGAAGGGUCAGAGCAUGUUCGUGGAAAACAAGGCCUUUUCCAUGGACGAGCCGGCCUCAG